UGUCAACUGAGCUUCCGCGUGUUGUUCCUCGGUGUAUAGCAGUGAUUAAUUAGCGCCUCGACAAGACAAGUCAGUUCAUUAUAAUGCAAGAGUGACGAAGGUAUCCCUACAAAUAGUGACGGUUACCAAAUCUUACUCACAUUUUGUUUUCUGUUCAGGAGGAUACAUGUAAAUAUAUCUGCGAGACGAAAGGGUUAUUGACUCUUCGCUAUACACCGAAAGAUGAAGACAUUGAUAGGAACUAUCUUUUUAGGAUUUAUCGCGUUUGGGAAUUGUGCUAUACCAUUUAAAACUCUGAAAGAUCGCCUGUCUCGGGAACAAUGCAAACAAAAGCUUGCUGGAAUAAAAAGUCAAAGACAACCGUUCUACUUAGACGUCAAUCCUACAUGUGAAAUUGGCAAAGUCUCAUUCAUGUACUCACGUGGUCAGCUGCAACUCUCGUUUUGGCGUGAUUACCCAUACCAGAUCUGCUUGGUAGAAUUAACACGGUUCGAUGUUCUUCGUGCCUGGGAUGACAAAGAACGAGACAUUAAACCUGUGAGAGACGGGAAUAAUGUCUGCUUCCAAAACACAAAUCCAAGUGGUGGAACUGUGUAUAUUCACCUGAAUCCGAAAGGAUUUACCUACAUGUCCGAGGUUUACUAUGAAAUCCAAAAAUUACAAACUGUCCCCUCCGGUGCCUCGUCUGUGCGUGACCAGCGUCCUCUACUGAAUACCACUCCCCUGCCAGUCAGAAGGUUCCAGCGCUUCCCCGAUGAUAUCACACCUGUACCAAGAAUCCGUGAUUUUGAAAUUCAACGUCCUGCUGUUUCCCCGAGACAGAUUCCCUCGCGAAGACCGUUACCGCUGUCCAGACAGUGGUUCAUUAGACGACUUCCGGUAUUCAUAAACAGAGUGAGAGAGGAUGUGAGGAGUAAUGUUGUUCAACCAAGGGACAAUACUCGUUUGAGACAAGGUUUACGCAGAUUUUUCAGACAAUGAUCCAUUGCAUGUAGUCGUUGAAACGUCAUAAUAAUCUACAAUUUGUCUCUUGAAAUUACUGUAAUAGUUAUAGAUAUGAAUUAAGCAAUAAAUAUUAAUGGAUAA